CGUGAGGUAAACACGUUUCGCCCACCGCUCUCGCACUGCCAAUCUUUAUAUAUAUUUAUAUAUAAACUCUUACACUCCUAAGCCAUGGAACAAGAUAUGUUACUGUAACCUUAUUUAGUGAAACAACACAGCAGUGGCAUAUCAUGCAAGCCGUUCACUUGUGAUAUUAAGAUAGUUUAUCAUGAAUCUCUAUAGACUGUAAAUUAAAUCAUUACAUAUGAAAGCCUUAAUUUUUGAAAGUAAAAGAAGCAAAAGACCUAAACUAGAUGGGUCAGCUUGCCGUGCCCUUCAGCAGCUGAGGGGUGCUGUGGAGAAGGAGUCAAUGGCUCCUUCACUGAGUUGUGGGCGUGAGAUGGGCGUGGGAACACGAGCGGGGCGGGCGCUGGUGGCACGCCUUCCCUACGCCCAUCACAAACACCUCCUUACCCUUGCUGACCUCCUCGAUGGCUGCCCCAAAGCUGAACCCUUUGUUUACCAGGAUGCCAAAGUCAAAAGUUUAUCCAAAUGUCGGGGGUGUGAUAGCUUCACCAUCUGCAGUCUCUUAUUUGGAUACGAGGAACAAGAGAACUCUAUAGACAUAGAGAAGUUCACACCAACAGCCUUACACGUGGCAUGUCUGCUGCCACAGCCUGGGCCCCUGGUCAGCAAGCUUCUAGUGUCGAACACGGCUAUUAAUGAGCCAAACUUGUUGGGCCAGACGCCACUCCAUGCCCUAUUACUAGGUGAGGUGUGGAGUAGCAGUGUGGUGGAAGCACUAAACACCCUGGUAGCACAUGGUGCUGAUGUUAACUGUAAAGACAUCUCUGGGGAGACUCCGCUACACACUGUGCGAAAUCUCCUGCGGCAAGGCCUCUACGACAGAGCUGCAUACAUCGCUCGCUUGCUCCUCCAGGCUGGUGCACAUGUCGACGCUGCCAACAAUGAGGGUCGAACGCUUCUCACAUACAGCGUGGAGUACCUAGACGAUUCCUUGCCCCUCACGCGAACCUUAUUAAAUCACGGAGCAUCUGUGUGGGGUGCUGCUGAUGGCAGGGACAAAGACCAGAGUGUUUUUACUUGGUUCCUUAAGGCUGUGAUCAUGCACCGCAGACUAGAGAAUUGUUCCUACACUCUCUCUAUCCUCUCACACAUGAUGGCAGAUAAUCCAAGAAGAAUGCACCAGCAUGUGCUGAGAACAAUGUUCAGACAAUCUAGAUGUUAUAAGGUGCUGGGACCAGUCUUCCUGGAACUAAAGACUCUUAUGAUGCACCACUGGACAUUGCCUGCAACGCUCUCCUCCCUCUGUUGGCGUACCGUCCGCAACUCACUCACACCAAAGAGAAUACACUCAGGAACUGCCCAGCUGGGUCUUCCUCCACCGCUUGAAUCAUAUAUCCUCCUUGGAGAAACCACCGGUAGUCAUUCCUAGCCCUAGAGGACUUUCUUUGUGAAAAAGAAACUUUUGUGACAGUUUGAUUAAGAAAAACAUUGCUGUGGAUGAAUAUACCAUAGCAAAAUCUGAAAUGGAUAUUGCAUAUGUGAUAAUGACAAUGUGCAAGGAAAUGCUUGCAGUGAUCCUAUUCAUUAGUCUCAGUUUAAAAUGCUAAGGUCUCACAGUACAGAGACGUAACUAAGAUUUUCUUGCUUAUGGUGUUCACACGUGGAAAAAUCCCUAAAUUGUCUGUUUAUAUAUUUUCUACAUGACUGUCUAUACAUUGUAAGUCUUUCAUACAUUAGCAUCCAUCAUACCAUUAUUGUCACUUUCACCAAGUGCAUUCAUUCAUUGAUGGUAACGUGCAUUGCUUGUUUUAUCAUCUAGCUAGACAACUACAACGACCCCGAGUCGUACUUGCCAGCACUGCUUGUGCCUUAUUCUACAAAGCUGAACCAAUACAACAUUUUUUUUUUUCCUUUUACUGUCAGGCAUGUACACUACUGACAAUGCCUUUAAACAUAAGAAUAUUUUCUGAGCUUGUGUAAGGCAUAAACAAUGACAACAGUUUGUUAAGUCUUCCUAUGCUCUAUGGCAAGCAGCCCAUUCUCUCGAUUUGUUACUCCAUAAAAAUGCAACUGUUUUGCCUAACCAAGAACGUAUGUACCCAGGCAUCCCACUUAACCUAUAGAGGUCAGCACAUAAAAAACAUUAAUUUUAAGAGAGCUUAAAAUUGUUACUAAUGUGUCACAUUUUUUUAUGGAUUGGUCGACGCUGUAAAAAAUGUGAGGUAUUAGUCGAGAGGAUGGGUUAUCUGAGCGAAUACUCUAGACAUAAUACAACACUGGUGAAUGAUAGCCUUGAGCUUCUCCACUGAGACUUACCUUUCAUAUUUAAACAGGUGCUAAGGUUUAAUACUUUUGUAGCAUUUUACCAGAAAUUAAUAGGCGUGCCAAAUAGUAAGUGAUAUUUGGGGAUUCUACAAAGUAAUCAUUGACACAAGAUUUGCUGUGCUCAUAAAGUGGACCAGUUGCCGUCAGCUCUGCUGAUGUGCUUCCUCAAGAACUAGAUUCCAAUUAUGUCAUAUUUUACUAUAAUGGAAUAGACAAUGGAAAUUACUGAUCUGUACUGCCAAGCCUAUUGUUGUACUGUAUUUAGAUAAUUAAUACAGUACAAUUAAUGUUUGUUUUAAUGUCUUAAUGUUUUUUUAAGACAUAAGUAAAUAUGGUGACCAUUUUUGUAUGGAAAUUACAAAUUACAUUUUAAUUAAGCAGAGAAGUUGCUUAUAACUAUUUGUUAGUUGAGACACUAGUUAUAAUUGUGUUUUAAUAAGGGAUAAAUAUUUACAGGAAAGAUUUGUGAUUUGGCAACUAAGGUCACGAAAAUGGUAACAAAACUUGAAAAAGGUAUUUAUUAAAAAGUCACUACUCCGUGUACCUCAAGCCAUGCUGGUCAAAAUAUUUCCUACAGUUGCAUCUGUAGAGAGAGAGAGAAAGAUGAAUGUUCAUAAGAUUUGUAUAGUAACAAAUAUUUUGUGUUCUGCUAUAGAAUGGUGGCAUUUUGAUAAUUAUUUCUUUUAAAAAGAGGUUUACGGUUACAGUAUUCAAGUACGAUGAUAUUGCUUGCAUUUCUCUUAAAAUAGUUUGGCAGAUUUCACAUAAUUUUUUGUUCAAUAAUUGCAUAUGGUAUUUCAUCCAGGUCAAAGCUGCCCUCCCAGCCUUUUGUGUAAAAUAGCUUACUUAAGCUUUACUCAGGUUAUUUUGUAGGCCUAUUGUCAUUGCUAUAUAGUUUUAUUAUAAAUUAGUAGUUAAACUGUCACAAGCCCCCAUAUGUAUGUCAGUGAUGACAUAUUCACUGUAUGUUUAUACUGAUUCCUCAACAAUACUCAGGUGUCACGACUCACUGUGAAUCACAAUUCAUUCAUUCUUGCCCAAACAAGUCCGCCUUCUUCUCAUGUACUCAGUGAAUCGUAGAGUCUUGUGUGUAGUUAGUUGGUGAGUAGACGAGUACCUGUUGUGGUGCCGUAACUUUGAGUUAGUGUAAAUGAUUGACAAAUGUGUUGUUUUGUAUAUGACCAGAACAGAUAUGUAACAUAGCACAACUAAGUGUGACAACAAGUGGUGUUUAAUAGCUACAAGUAAAAUACAAAUACUGUAUGGACAAGUGCCUCAAAGUCGGUGACUAAAAGAGCCAAUACAUCAAAACACUGCCAGCAACAUAUAAUGAACAUCGGUUCAUGCAAGGUAAGUAUGUAUGACAGAAGACCACCCGACUACACCACCGACUUGUAUGACAAUGACGACAAGUGACCAGUACGUGGUUAAUGGGAAAAAAUCACAGUGCAUUUACUUAAGACAAGUGUACAUUACUUAAAUAAUAAUGGUGACUAGUGACUAUGGCCAGGAUUCAGAAAGUAUUUAUGCAGCCACUUACAAAAUUUGUACAUCAUCCUUUAAUCAUAGUCGCUUUGUUUACAUUUAUUAAAUAGUUGAAGCUCUCAAGCACUACAAGGUAAUUGAUGACAAUAAUGACCCUGGGUUGUGAAGUUUUUAGGCUAAACUGCUUAAAAAAUGUAAACAGAGCCAUUAUGUGUGUUGAUAGAUGAACAAGUUGUGUGUGUGUUUGCAUAAAUGUUUUAUAAAUCCUGGCCAAGGCAGACAUGAUCGAUACCAGUGUAACAGAACCUGCCAAUUACUGCGAGUCUAAUCACCUGACUUGGAAUUUAAAGCAUCACCGAGACUACUACUGUACUGGUCAUUGCUAAUGCAAAAAUGUUGACUUAGAGGCCAGUGGAUGAAUGGCCAGUACUUAAGCUGUCAUAGCUAAUGGAUUAAUGUGGAAAUGACACUAAAGAAAACAAUUGGGAGUAAAGUGUAAGAAUGUUGGUGUUGGUGUAUCCGCCUCCUUUCCAGAAGGAGGCAUGAUCAUGCUCACACUACCAUUAGGAAACGUCCAAGACAUUGUGAAUAUUUUAUAUAAAUGUUUAACUCUGGCUGAUUUCUCACCCAGUCAAAAGUAAAGAAAUGUAUAUUUACUUAUAAAAUAAAAAGAGCCCCAAGUGCCAAAAAUAAA